GUCUUAUCGAUAGAACCACCUUUACACCUUUACACCUUAAGCUUCACUAGAUCCAUCCAUGCCUCAGCUCACCUCGUACCUCACCCACCUCACCAGAUACCUAGUAUCAAGAAAACCACACAACUGCCCAACAUUCCUUGAUGCUUUGCUCUCUGUAUAUUUCUCUUCUCUUAUUCUUUUUGAUUUUGUAUUCAGUUGACUUUCACACCCCCCUUUUACAAAAGACAUAAUACAUAAUUCUAAGAUGCAACCGAGAAACACCUUGGAGUGCUAAAUUCCAAGCUUCAUAUCUCAUCCUCCGUAUUCCAUCUGGUGAUUAUAGUAGUUAGGAUAGAAGAAACCAUGAGUUUUGGAUCUUCUUUUCUGUCAAAAAUGGGGUUUACCGAAAACAAAAGGCCCGCUCUCUCACCUUUACGAACCUCCCCGCUACCCUCAUCCGAAGAACACGACCUCUCUGAACUCUCACCCCGACCCGACGAUGCCCUCCUAUCCCCCGACUUUCCGCAAGAUUUUUCCAAUAGAAAUUCCACCUACAGCAUCCCCAAAGGGUCAAGCACAAAUCGUAAAGGAAAAGCUAUCGCCUUUGCCUAUCAAGACAGGCCGCAGUACUCACGAUCUAGAACCCAAAAUUCCUCAACCGACUAUAGCGCACAGAAAGAUCUUAAAGUACCUCCAGGUAUCUGGCGACCAAAUAUUCGUGCCGAACAACAUGACGACAGCCAUGCCACCAAUAGACUUCACACCUCCCUUGUUGAAAGUAUAUUCAUGGGCCGACCCGAUCGAGCAUCCGACCGCACGUCACGCCUUGAGGUUGACAACUCUUUCAAAAACAUCCAACGAAGAGAGCGACAGAUGCAGAAGGAGCUUCAAGGCUUACUAGAUGCCCAAGGCGCAGCGUUAGAACGGGACCUUGCGGGAGACGAUGCGGGAAAGAUGUCUUCUUCCGAGUACACUAAGCGAGGAAACUCCCCCGACUCGGUAGGGACCGCUACGGAGUCUAAACCGUCAAGAAACUCUGUUGUGCCUGUUCGCCAGCCUAAAAAGAAACCCCUAUCUAAACGACAGGCUCGCGUUGGCAUCGCACGAUUUGUCACUAUGCUGGCAGACCUUAAAAACGAGGAGGAUGCCUACAUUGCUAGUGCGCUAGCUGAGCGCAAGACAGCCUUGUCUAAACUGCGCAGCCUAUCCUCCCAGCGUAAGUCCGUAGUGGCCGAGAUGAAGGCGCUAGAGGAGGACGAUGAACUCCCGAUCAAGGUGGAAAUUGCUACCAUGGAAGAUCAGCACCGUACGGUGUGUUCUACCAUUGAAAGGUUAGAGGAAAAGCUGAGGGUGAUGCGGAAAGCCAAGGCUGAUCUAGAAAAUCGGCUCAUGCAGGCGCGAAGCACUCGUGAUUCGAGUCUUAGUGGCCAUCGGGGCGCACUCAAACAGUGUGACCAGGGGAUAUCUGAGCUCAUGAAGUACCCGGGCAUACAAGUGCUACAAGUUGAAGACCUACAAGGAGAGGGUGAAGACACUGACGCGCUCAUGGCCAGCAACGUGACCGGUGUCGAGUUUCUUUCCCUCCGCCCCGAAAGAAGAACGAUGGAGAUGGCAAAAGAUUGGUGGGAAGGCGAAGUAGCCAUUCUCGAACAGCGUAAAUCUGCUGUCGACGAAGAGCGAACCGCCCUAGAGGAGGGCAGCGAGAUUUGGCAGCAAGUCCUCUCGCUCACCACCGAUUUUGAGACUCAUUUGAACGAGACGCUCCAAGUUGCUAUGAACCAACGGAGCCCCGCAUCUGAGAAUCCAGAGAAUACUCUACGGGAGCAAUAUAAAUCCCUUAAGGCGACGCUGCGCGAAGUCCGCCGACUACAGGCCUAUGUUGAGUCUCACGGAUGGAAUCUUUUGAUCGCAGCCAUCGGUGCCGAACUUGCGCAUCUUGUCGGGCUUAAGGAUUUCCUGGCCGAGGUCAUCCGCGGCACUGGUUAUGAUGACGGGUCUAUCACGCCGCGACAGGCACCGGGCCAGGAGACGCCUAACGGCAACGACUUAGUUGAUGUACGCGAAAGGGGUUACAUAGACGAAGAAAAGAGAGAGCCAGAAAACGAGGAGCUAAGCCGAAGUGUGAUUCGCCGUUGGGAUACCCCCGAGACCGAGGCUGAACCGCCUCGUGGCUCCCUUCUCACGGAGCUAUUAAACGGAGCAGAGCAGCAUCGGGAUGAGAGCGACAACGAAGUGCCCCCGGGUCUUUUCAACGAAACCCAACAUCAUCACGAGAGCGAGGACGAGCAGCAUAAUGACAUCCCCGUAGAGUUCUUAUCCAUGCACAGCUCGCCGCUGAGCCGCGACGGCGGCACGCUUCGCACCAUCGCUAGGAGGGAGAGCAGCGAACAUGAUAACGAUAACGAGGUCCCGCCGGACCUACUCGCCGAAGCCCCUAGACAUGACGAUGGUGUUGAUUAGUGUGAAAAUACCUAAUUACCUAACUAACUCAUGAAGAAGUUGGUUCUUUUGGGAGUAAUGAGAUGGGAUCAUGGAUUGGCGGAGUUUUCUCAAGGGCUUAUACAUCAUUCAACAUUAAGGAAAGGAGUCUUAGAUCGGAGGUACUGCUUGAGUGUGCUUUGGUUGGUUGGUUGGUUUAAGUGUCAAUCGUUCAGUCAGUCAUGGCCCGGUGGGACGGAGUUCAGGGUUGGCUAGUUUACCUCUAAGAUACCACAAAGCGUAGAGUAGGUAGACAGGCUGUUCUAUCAUGUUGAUACGAUAUAUAUAUAUAUAUAUACAUAUAUAUUUUUUCUUCUGCU